AUCUUCCACUUUCCUCUUUGUUAAACCCCAGUUGACUUCCACCUUCCCCCUAUAUAUACCAAUCCCUAUCCUCCCUCCCCCCAUCAAAUUCCAAACCACCAAAACAUUUCUCUCUUUUUUUCUCAACUUAUUUGAGUUACAACUUUUAUUUGGUUCGUGUCAAGUUCGAUUCUUAUUUUUCGAGGUUUAAACCUUUUGGUCACUUACCGAGAAAACUAAACUAAAAAAGUAAUGGGUAAUUACGCAUCUUGUGCAUUGUCAACAAUCGGCAAACAUAAAUCAGCGAAAGUAAUCAUGCCAUCAGGAGAAGUGAAGCAAUUUCAGCAACCCAUGAAAGCGGCGGAACUUAUGCUUGAGAUCCCGGGAUAUUUCCUCGUUAAUUCCAAAGCUUUAAAAAUUGGAAGGAAAUUUUCAGCUCUUAAUGCAGAUGAAGAUCUAGAGAUCGGGAACGUUUACGUCAUGUUUGGGAUGAAGAGGGUGAAUUCCCUUAUUACAGCUGCUGAUAUGGGGGCUCUUUUCCUUGUUGCCAAACGCGGCUCUAUCGGUGGCAACAAGGUUAGAGUAGUUCCAUCAUGGUCCGUCGAGAGUGAUUCACCACCGCCGCAUGCGGAGGAGGAGGAGGAGGCGCUUGAUGACAUGAAGGUCAUGGUUGAGGAGUUGUUGUCGGAGUUUCAACAUAGGAGGUCUAUUUGCCGGUCUAAGAAACCGGUUCUUGAAACUAUUGUGGAAGAACCUGUUAGUAUUUUCUCACGGUGAACCGGAAGUAUUAUUAUUUAACUAGGAAAAAAACAAAAAACAAAAAAAAAAAAUAGAAAAUUGGCUUUUUGGGAAUGAAUUUGGAAGCUCUCUUGCUGGUUUUUAGAUGGAGGGAGAGGGAUUGAAUUCAUGACUAUUGGGGGAUAAAAAAAAAAAAAAAGGGUGUCUCAUUAUUUAUUACUCGAUCUCUUCGGAUUUAACGGUAAAUAUUAUUUCCGGAUAGAGGGAGUAGAUUUUUAAGGGUGAGAAAAGACGUGCGUGAUGAAAUCAUGUACUCGUACGUAUUAUUCUUUUGAUUUGUGAUCAAUGGGGGGUAUUUUUUUGUGACUUGAGGGGUGAUUAAAUCACCAAAUCAAGUUAUUGUAACCCUUUAUUGGCAAGGAAAAAGAUACUAUUAUGUAAAUUUUCAGAAUAUAUAUUACUUUAUUAUGUUAAUUUGAUUGUA